AUGGCGGACCCAAACAUUUUAAAUAACCCCGCUUUUUAUGCUUAUUUCAAUAAUAUGCACGUUGCUAGCCCUACACCGCAAGUACACUACAACAAUACGACGAUACCGCAAAAUAUGGGGUUCACCACUUGGAACACACAACAACCCGGUGGUUUUCAAAACGUUGGAGGAUCGAGACAACAAAAUGUGGUGGAUUUAGAUGACGAAGAAGUUCCGGAGACCCAGUUCCAUGUCGGUCAAAAUGAUGUUGACCCUCAAAAAAAGAAACGUUCACACAAGAGGAAAACACCGGGUGAAGAACGCUUGAAAACCAAACCGAUACCAUGGACUUCCAACGAGGAAAUGAGCUUGUCCAAGGCUUGGCUAGAAAUAACCGAAGACCCGAGAUGUAGUAACUAUCAAAAGGAAAAAACAUAUUGGUCUCGUAUUUACAACGUUUUCCUCAAGUUGGAAGAUCAAGAAGAUGGAUACCGUGAUCCCGAUGGUAUUGGCGCGAAGUGGCGUAAAAUGCGUCCUUUGAUUCAAAGUUUCAACCAAAUAUACACUCGCCUAAGUAACUCGAGUGUGCGCCAAAGUGGUUCCGACGAUGCGAUGCUCCAAGCAAACGCCCAAAAUGAAUUCCGAGCCGAACACAAGAAGGCGUUUCCUUAUCUUGCUAUUUGGCAAUUUUUAAGAACGAGUUCGAAAUUUCACAUAGUCAUCGUCUUCGAUCCAUUUAAAACUCGUGGCCAACCGUCGGCUAAGCGGUCAAAAACCUCAUCCUCAAACGACCAUCAAAGUACCGGUUCGGACGCUCGGUACCAAAUAAAUCUCAACGACACUGAGGAAGAUUUGGAAGAGCCACAUGAAGAGGCCGAUGCGUUUCAACCACCACAACGGCCGGUUGGCCGAGAUAGGGCCAAAAAAGCCGCCCAACCGUCUUCUAGCGGUGUACGAAUCGACUACACCGAAACGUUCGAAAAAGUGACCAAUAAGUUAGACGGCUUGUUGCAAACGAGCCAACAACGGAUCAACUUAAAAAAAGAACACGGGGACCGAAAGCUAAAGCUGAAAGAAAGUCGUCAAAAAGCAAUUGAUUUGCAAAUAUUAACAUCCGACACGACAAACCUUACUGGAGCCGAGCUCGCUUUAGCCGAACAAAUGAAGCAAGAAAUUCGAGAAAAAUAUAACCUUUGUUGA